GGGUAUCUGCAAUGCCCAUGCGACUUUCCAGCGGACCAUGAACAUGGCUUUUCAGAACUUUGUAUGGAAGACUCGUUUGGCGCAGAACAUCAUCAACUACUGCGUGAUUGUGUACAUGGAUGACAUCCUAGUGUAUUCGAGUUCCUACGAGGGACACGUGCAGCACAUCGAAUGGGCACUACAUGCGUUACGAGAUGCAGGUUUCAAGGUGGCGCUUGAGAAGUGUCCGUUUUUCCUCACCACCAUUUCUUUCCUCGGGCACGUGGUGAUAGACAAGGGACUCCGACCGAAGCGGCAGAAAGUGGCAGUUGUCAGGGACGCGCCAGUGCCUACCACUAUCACGCAAGUUCGCGCCUUUCUGGGCCUAGCCUCGUAUUACCAAAGAUUUAUCAAGGGCUUCGCGGCGAUUGCGGGACCCCUCACGAAUCUCCUGCGCAAGGAUCAGCCGUUGAUCUGGACGCCGGAGUGCGAUCAAGCGUUUUCCAAACUCAAGGCUGCUCUCAUUUCGGCUCCGGUCCUUAUAAGACCGGAUCCCGAAAAACCUUUUGUUCUCAUCACCGACUGGCAGCCAGAGGCGAUCUCGACGAUCCUUGCCCAGGUGGGACCGAGCGGAUUCGAGGGUGUAGUGGAGUAUGCGUCUAAAUCAGUGCCCGCCUGCAAGCGCAAUUAUGCCGCUCCAACGGGGGAAUGCUAUGCGGCUCUCUGGGGAAUCAGUCACUUCCGUGCUUACCUGUAUGGGCGAAAAUUCACCCUGGUAACUGAUCAUGAGCCCCUGUUGGCUCUGAAGAAGUCGAAGGAUUACUCGGGCAUGAUCGGGCGAUGGGCAACGGUGCUGCAGAGCAUGGACUUUGACAUUCGUCAUCGAAAGCACGAGAGACACAGAAAUGCGGACGGACUGACACGACUGCACCGGCCUGAGAAGGUUCCGAGGAAUGAGGAGGUGAUUCCGUGGAACGAACCCGAACAGGAGAUUGGACCUCGGUACGGCCAAGUGGAGAUCUUAUCGAAGCAACAGGUCCGUAGCUACGAGGCCCGGAACGGAAAUGCUGGGCCCCAGUACCAGUAUAAAUUGGGGGACCUAGUGCAGUGGACUUCGUGCUUGGAGGAACCCAGGGACGAGGAUACCCUACCAUCGCGGCAGGAGUAUCUGAAGCAGUACGAGAUCAUCCCUUACGCCUUCUUUCCGAGGGCAGAGGAAGCGGUGAUCAACGACGACGACGAAGAAGAAGACAACGAUGAGGAAACAUCGGAGGAGGGAAGCUAUAGUGAACAUAGCGAGGGCGAGCUGAGUGAGGAGGAAAAGGAAGAAGAAGGAACCAGAUCCGAGUGGGAAGCCCCGCCGGAGGAAGCGACGCGUACGAGAACGGAGGCGGAAGAUCCGGAAGCGGCGAGAAGGCGCGAAGAGAUUGCCUCCGGAAAGCGCCAGCUGGAGUUUGCUAGCGAGGCUAGCCUGCGCAUCGGUAGUGGUCCGACCAGGGAUCCAGAGCCACCGAGGCCCGAAGAUGGCGACCCUACAGCCGCCACCUCAAGUACCGCGCGACGGAGACGGCGCCGAUCCCCCUCCUCCUCCAGCCCCACUCGUCCCCCAGUUCGCCCACGUACCAAUGCGGACGAUAGGCCUUUGACCUCGGACGCUGCCCACUGACCCCUUGAUUUUCUCACCCUCGAACAGAUCCGUACCCCCGUCACCUUCCCUUCCCAUUUU